AUAGCGAACGAACGAAGGAACGGCGACACCAGCGGCGGCCAGCGACGGCCACGGCCAAUCGACCAGAGGUCAGCCCGACGGACGGUGGCCGUUCGCCUCGGACGGCCGAACACUUCACACGCCGACCAGCUGUAGUCGGCAUUCAAAAGAAAAGAAGGUCUGCUGAGCCUCAGUCAGCUGGGAGUCUGAAUUCGAUUCGGCACAAUCUUUCGUUGCAUUCACGUUUCAUGCGUAUCCAGAACGAAGGUGCCGGAAAAUCGUCAUGGUGGGUGAUCAACCCGGAUGCCAAACCGGGACGAAAUCCGCGACGCGUCCGUGCUUCGACCCUUGACACCACCAGCAAGGUACGCCGAUUACUAGCUAGUAUAGCCUUCUAUCGUACCGUAGGGUAUCAGAGACCAGUACUGAAGGACGAUGAUGAACUCCUACUUCACAAAGCGU